AUGGAAACUCUUCGACCAUCACCAUUUGGUCGAAUUGCAAGUAUAUACUACCUACGUCAUGAGUCUGUAAGAUUCCUAGUUGAAGAGCUUGGUCCUGAAGAUUCUAUAGAGGACUUGUUGAAGACUUUAUCGCAUGUCCCAGAAUACGAUGAGAUACCGGUUCGACAUAAUGAGGAUGUUACAAAUACGCAAUUGCAACGAAAGCUACGAAUUCGAUUUGCAACUAGUGUUAUGGACUCUUCGCAUACCAAGGCUCAUCUUUUGUUCCAGGCUCACUUUUCUCGUAUUGACAUCCCUACUGAUUAUCGCACCGAUCUUAAAAGCGUACUCGAUCAGUGCGUACGAAUUCUGCAGGCAAUGCGCGAUAUUUGCCAAUUAAACGGGUGGCUUUCUACGAUAUUGCGAAUAACGAUAUUGCAACAAAUGUGCCAUAGUGGACGAUGGCAUGACGAUCACCCUUUGCUUUGUCUGCCUCAACUUAAAAGUUACGAUGCAGAGAGAAUUGGAGAUCGAGUUACCAUUCCGCUGAUGCAAGAACAGUUUGGCGUAGAAAAAGCUUCUGGAAGUGAUAUGGUGGAGAAACAAGCAAAGAACAUUUUGCUUGAGAGCACAACACUGGAAGAAUUGGAGAUAAGAGAGGUGGUCAAAGUUGUCCUGAUUAGUUUCUUAAUUUUCAAAAAUCUUGUUGCCUUGACAGAGCUGUAUUUUUGAAG